AUGUCGUCCGUAAAAGUCACAAAUAGUCCUGCAAUCAAAAACGCUCCGCUGGCCGGCCUUGCGGAGGGCAAUGGCCAAUUCAGCAACUUACACCUCGCAGCACUCGUCCUCGGUGUACCGUACUUCCUCAAGAAAUGGAUUCCCUUCGUCAGAUAUGGCGGAGCGACAACUUACUGGGUCCUCGUCGCCCUUUUUGCACUUCCCAUUGUCGUCGGCUACUGGACGCUCAUGAGCAACUAUGGACGACGCAAAAAUGAAAAGGCCCAACUUCCAGGAAAAGACGUCGAGGAAUAUAUCCACUUCAAGGACUUCUCCUUCAAAAUGUACUACGGCGGCAAGGAGAAAAUCCCAAUGCAGGUCUUCCACGAUGCCUAUUUUGACGGCAAAUUCGAUUUCAAAGGCGACGUCUUAGAAAUAAUGGAAAUGCGUCACGACUGGGCAUCCUUCAACUUCACUCCGGACCUCUUCAAAUACGUCUUUACUAAACUCGUCCCGGAUGUCAUCUUCCAUACGCAAAGUCAGGACGAAGAACAAGUUCGAGACCACUACGAUCGCGGUGAUGACUUUUACAGCUGGUUCCUUGGUCCGAGGAUGAUUUACACCUCCGGUGUCAUUUUGGACCCAACGCGGGAAGAAACUCUUGAGGAACUCCAGGACAACAAACUCGCUCUCGUCUGCAACAAGCUCGACCUCAAGCCGGAAGACCGCCUUCUCGACAUUGGUUGCGGUUGGGGAACCCUCGUCACUUUCGCUGCAAAGAACUUUGGUUGUGAUACAACUGGUGUAACACUUAGCAAGCACCAGACUGCUUUCGGUACUCAGCGUAUUAAGGACAAUGGUAUUAGCCCUUCCAAAGCUCGUAUCAUCUGCUGCGACUACCGCGAUAUCCCGGCCGGUCCCGAACAUUUUACGAAGAUCGUUGCUCUCGAAAUGGCUGAGCACGUCGGUAUCCGGCGCUACGGCACCUUCCUCAAACAAAUCUACGAAAUGCUCGACGACCAAGGUACCUUCGUCCUCCAAGUCGCCGGAGUCCGACAAUGCUGGCAAUACGAAGACCUCAUCUGGGGACUCUUCAUGAACAAAUAUAUCUUCCCAGGUGCCGACGCCUCGUGCUCCCUCGGCUGGGUUGUCAAGCAAGUCGAGGCAGCCGGUUUCGAAGUCAAGUGCAUCGACGUCCUCGGCGUGCAUUACUCCGCGACGAUCUACCGCUGGUAUAAGAACUGGGUAUCCAAUAAAGAUCAAGUGAUUGCUGCGUACGGUGAACGCUGGUACCGUAUUUGGGUCUUCUUCCUUGCGUAUUCGACUAUUAUCUCUCGCCAAGGCUCCUUCUCCCUCUUCCAACUCACCCUCCGGAAGAACCUAAACGCCGUACACCGCAUCGACGGAGUCCCGAGCCACACCUCCCUCUACGGCAUGCGCAAAACCGACUGCCUACCCGUCGACUAAGCACAAGCAUAAACACAUGCACGCACGCCCGUCCAACAAACAACCGACCAACAAAUCUAGACCAGACAGACCCGUUCCUGGAAACCCCGCCGAGGAGUGUAGAGUACACUAGCUACUACCUAACUAGUUACUAGUUACUCGCUACUAAUAAUAAUACCCAAAGCGCUAAAAAAUUCUCUUACUCUUUUUGACAUUGCACCAACCGCGUGGUUCCUCCCCUUGUUCUUCCUUCUUUCGUUAACUCACGCCGCGUUCUAG